CCAAACUAAACUUUUUUUCUUUCUCACCAAUUUUUUUUUUUUUUUUUUAACCUUCUCACAAAAAACUCUAACAAUGAAAGCUGGUGGGUAUUUGUUCUCAUUCAAGAGGCUAAACAAGAAGAGUGUCACCGGAACUGUUAGCUCCGACGUGAGUACUGCCGGAGAUCAUCAUGAUUCCUUAACUCAACCACCGCAGCAACCACCGUCGUUGCGGUGGCGGUUCAAGAAUCUGUCUUCAGGGUUGAGGUAUAAGAGUACUAAGAGGCUUUACAAAUUGCGAUACUGGUUUGUUGAUUGCUUCCUCUUCAAGUUUGUUUCUGCUUUUGAAGCCAUUUUUCUCGUCUCCACUUUGGCUUUCUUCUACCUCUGCUGUGGUUGCCAUAUCUAGAAGCUUCGACAAUUCCUAAAAACUGCCAUUUAUCAGAGAAUUCUCUCUUUUUUAGCUUCUUUUCACCUAUGGUAAGUGGGAUUCUGAAGAAAAGUUGAUAUCUUUGUGAGGAGGGCAAGAGGAGAGAUCAUUGGAGGAGCUCAUUGCUAAUGCUUAAUGGGGUGCAAAAUUAUCAUUAGAUUUCUUUUUACUAUUUAUUUUUUGCUAUUUUUGUAAUGAUUAUAGUACACUAAUUUGCAUUACUAACUUAGAGGUUUUUUUUUGUAAUGUAAUAGUAAUAUUGUUCUUUUCUUCAACUAGACCUAGAUUUCUUCUCCUUCUUCUUGUUCUUCCUUGUUUCUCUCGGUCACCCUUGCUUUGUUAUUAAGUAUUAGAUAUGUCUCUUUCUUUUUUCUGGUCAUGAGAAGUUUUUUUUGCCUAUUA